AUGUCCUCAUCUUACCACAAGUGCAACAAGGCCUUGGACGAUGCAACCUACACAUUGCAGACUGCUGCUGAAAUUGAACGUCUCUGCUCUCGGAUCAACGACGCGGCAGUCUGCAAGCAUGCUUCAAGUCUAAAUGGUGGUCGGAGUUGCACCAUCGAACAUUCUUCCACGAUUGGCCCUGGUGCUCUUAUGGGCAGCGCUAACUACCACGCCCGUAUUCGUUUCCACGAUGGCUCUCCUUCAUGGUUACUGCGCAUUCCACGUGUUGCUAGCUUCGCUGUUGGUCUUCCGUCUUCGCUAGUCGAGUACCUUGUACUCAGCGAAUAUGCAACCCUGAAGUUUCUUGAAACUACCGCAGUACCGGCACCUCGAGUAUUUAGUUACGGUAUAUGUGGCACUGAAACAGACCAUGGUACUGGCGUCAGCUUCAUUCUCAUGGAAGAACUACGGGGGACACCAUGGACAGGCCAGGGGGUGUCCGGCGGCAAAGCUAGUGAGAACGAAAAGGCAAAGGUCUGGAGCGGUCUUGCGGACAUUUUGAUGCAGUUGGAAAAACACACCCUUUUCCUAAAGCUGGUUCUCUGUCCGUUUGCUACAUCUACCGCCUAUUAUGCUGCUUUUGCUGAGCAUUACUUGGAGCUCAUCGUGGAUGGCCAGCUCUAUACCGAAUAUCCUAUCGAUGCUUAUCUAGUGUACCAGGAAAACCAAACGACAGAGAGAUUCUACUUGAAGCAUGUCGACGACAAAGGCGACCAUUUACUCGUCGACGAGCAGCUGAACAUUACUGGCGUUAUUGACUGGCAAAUGGCACGUAUUGUACCUCGACGGGAAGCUUUUGGACCAUCGCUUGUUACAGCAGAUAUGAACGCCUUGUGCAAUGGGAAAUUCUCACUGAGCCCCGACGAUCUUGUACUGGCUGAUAUGCUGCGGAAAAGAGGCCUAUCUGAUCUGGCCAGCAAUAUGAUUGAUGAAAAAGUCAGAAGAUUCUUUUUGGGCCUGGCCUUAGAACCAGAAUGGAAGUACGCCCUGCCGUUGGCAAAUGCAAUAUUGAAAGCGUUUGGGGCGGUGGAAGGUUGGUCGCAGUGGAAGGAGAGCGCGCUGAAAGAAUACGAGACUGAUGAACGCCUAAAGGGCCUCAUUGGUCGUUCUUCACAGAUGGGAUGA